AUGUCGAUGAAUUGGGGACCAGUGUUAAUGUCGGUGAUCUUUUUCAUCGUAUUGACUCCAGGAGUUUUGUUUCAGCUGCCGGGGAAGACCAGAGUGGUUGAGUUUGGAGGGUUUCAGACAAGCGGCGCAGCCAUUAUUAUUCACACUCUCAUCUUCUUUGCUUGCAUCACGGUCUCCCUUAUCGCUCUUCAUAUCCACAUCUACGCUGCCUAG